AUGCGGCAGCGCGCCGUCAAGAGCGACGUGGACGACGGAGGUCUGGGCGAUGAAGAGAGCAGCGUGACUCGCUCAGCGCGCCGUGUGCUGAAGAAAGUGGAUGUGUAUCCAAAGAUGCACCGCGAGUUUAAAGUGCAGACAGAAUUCGGUGCCACUGUCUCUAUUGUUGCAGGAAUCAUUAUGGCCAUCCUCUUCCUGUCCGAAUUGAGCGCCUAUUUGAGCAUCAACACACACGAGCACAUGGUCGUGGACUCAACACUAGGCGAGAAGCUGCAGGUGAAUCUGGACGUGAGUUUUCUGGCCAUCAACUGCCGCGACGCGCAUAUCAACGCCAUGGACGUGGCCGGUGAGCUGCAGGUGAACAUGCACCAGACGGUGGUCAAGACGAGGCUAGACGCCAAUGGCCGCUCUAUCUCUACGACCACGGACGAGCUCGCUAAAACAGAUCUACCUGCCGGAUACUGCGGGAGUUGCUACGGAGCCAGACAUCCGGCGGGCAAAGAGUGCUGCAACACGUGCGAGGAGGUGAAGGAGGCGUUUAUUCAUAGCGAUCUGUCGCUCGAAGAGGCCGAGCAGAAGGAUCAGUGUGUGCGUGAGAGUAUUGAGACCGAGAAGCUUGCGCAGGACGGAGAAGGCUGCCGCUUCACGGGCAAAAUGUUUGUCAACCGAGUGGCCGGCAACUUCCACGUUGCACUUGGACGCACAUUCCAUCGUCAGGGACGACUGGUGCAUCAGUUCCGACCUGGACAGGAGCACACGUACAACUCGAGUCACAUUAUUCACAGUCUGUCCUUUGGUGAGCCCAUACCUGGUGCCUCCAGUCCACUCGAUGGCGUCUCGAAGAUCGCGGUGCAGUCUGGCGGUGUGUUCCAGUACUACCUCAAGAUUGUGCCUACGAUCUACAGCGACAUCGACGAGAACGCAAUCCACUCGUACCAGUUCUCCGUGACCCAACAGGGCAACUACUUGAAUCCGCGAGGUCAGAUGACGUCGCUUCCAGGGACUUUCUUCGUGUUCGAUCUGUCCCCGUUCAUGGUGAAGGUAGAGAACGACCGGGUGCCAUUCACCCACUUCCUGACAAAGAUCUGCGCCAUUGUCGGUGGUGUUAUCUCUAUUGCGGGCUUUGUGGACUCGUUCAUGUACAACUCGCUGCACGUUCGCCGUCGCGUUUCAAGCAAGUGA